AUUUGUUACAUUACAGUACAGGAUCAAAUAAAUAGGUUUUUUUAGUACUUUGUUGGGUUUGGAUAAAAAUACGAUUUUUAUCCUAUCCUAUGUACCUUCUUUUAAAUAUUUUCCAUUGCCCGUUUUCUAUCUCUCUUAUUUCGUGUAGUUCUGGUUCUUUAAUUUAGCAUUGGAUUGUGUUCUUUUGGUUUUGUUCUGCCUUGAUCACAGAUGGUAAUAUCAAUUUUCUUUUCCCUUUCUCAAUUGAGAAUACCUUUUGGUGAGGACUUUUGGAAAUGAAAUUUAUGCUUAUUACGGUGUAAAGGUGGAUGAAAGAGAAGGGGUGAAGUGCAUGCAAGUUGGCUAAGGGAAGGAGCGUCAAGAAGAGAGACGCCAAUAAAAUAAGCACUCUAAAAGAUAAAUGGUGCAAGAUAUGAAGCAGCAGGACAAUGGAGAAUCUAAGAAGAAGGAGCGUCACAUUGUGACUUGGACUCAACAGGAGGAUGAUAUACUAAGAGAGGAGAUUGGUAUUCAUGGAACUGAGAAUUGGGCAAUUAUUGCAUCUAAGUUCAAAGACAAAACGACAAGACAGUGCAGAAGAAGAUGGUACACUUACUUGAAUUCUGAUUUCAAAAAAGGUGGAUGGUCAGCUGAGGAAGACAUCCUCUUAUGUGAGGCUCAAAAAAUAUUUGGUAAUAGAUGGACAGAAAUAGCAAAGGUGGUCUCAGGCAGAACGGAUAAUGCUGUUAAAAAUCGUUUCUCCACACUCUGCAGGAAGAAACAAAAAUAUGAAGCUUUAGCAAAAGAGAACAGCACAUCAUACAUCAAUUCAAAUAACAAGAGGGUGAUGUUCCAACAUUGUAAUAAUAUGGAUACAACAUCAGAAUCUGGAGUACCUAUUAAGAAUUUGAGGAGGACCCAUAUCCAUUAUAAUGCAGAAAAGAUCAAAUUUGAGGACCGAUUACAUUUACGAAAUGAAACUCCAAUAAAUCAGCAACCAAGAGCACCACUUGCAGUCUUGGCUCAAAACUCUCAUAACUCAAACAACUUGCCAGACCAGCAUCAUGUUUGCAAUCCCAAGUUUAGCAGUUUGGCCCAAAAUUACAAGAUUCAAGGAACAUUUCUCAAAAAAGAUUACCCAAAGAUUAGUGCAUUGAUGCAACAGGCGGAGUUACUAAGUUCACUAGCUCUAAAAGUUGAUGCAGGGAACAUGGACCAAAGUUUUGAAAACGCAUGGAAGGUUCUUCAAGAGUUUCUGAAGCGAACCAAAGAAUCAAAUAUCCCUGGACAAAAGAUUCCAGAUUUACAGCUUGUAGAUCAUAAAGAUAUGAUUGAGGAGUUGAAGAGUGGUAAUGAGGAAGGCCAGGUUCUUCAGGAGCUUCUGAACCGAACCAAAGAAUCAGAUAACGCUGGACAUAAUAUUCCAGAUUUACAGCCUGUAGAUCUUAAAGAUAUGAUUGAGAACUUGAAGAGUGGUAAUGAGGAAGGCCUGGUACUUCAGGAGUUUCUGAACCAAACCAACAGAGCAGAUAUCCCUGAACAUAAGAUCCCACAUUUAUGGCUUGUAGAUCAUAAAGAUAUGAUUGAGAAAUUUAAGAGUGGUAAUGAGGAAGGCCAGGUUCUUCAAGAGUUUCUGAACAGAACCAAAGAAUCAGAUAUACCUGGACAUAAGAUUCCAGAUUUACAGCUAGUAGAUCUUAAAGAUGUGAUUGAGGACUUGAAGAGUGGUAAUGAGGAAGGCCAGGCUUGUUGGAGGCAAGUGGACCGUUAUGAAGACUCUCCAGGCAGUUCUGGAUAUAGUACAGGAUCAAUUCUCCUGUGUGAGUCAGCUGGUGAUAAUCUGGAGCCUUCAUUUCAUCAGGAUAUUGGAACUGAAUUGAAGUCUGAACAACUUGAAGAUGAGAAAGGAGUAGGUAGAGAUGAUGGGAAAGUGGUUCUGUCUACUUUAAAUGUAGAUCAAGAUACGUUACCGUGUUUUGAGGAACAGAUAAACAAUGAUGGGAUUGUUUCUGCCUCAUCAAGAUUGGAGUUCAGCUCCCCUCUUCAAGUAACCCCUCUGUUUAGAUCCUUGGCAGCAGGAAUUCCCAGCCCACAAUUUUCAGAAAGUGAAAGGAACUUCUUGAGGAAAACACUAGGAAUGGAAUCUCCAUCCAUCAACCCAAGUGCCAACUCAUCACAACCGCCACCCUGCAAAAGAGCCCUACUACCUAGUCUAUAAACCAUCUGAGAUACAAAUAUUGAACCGUUCUUUCUCCAUUCUGAAUCCUACUUUCUCAUCUUGGCAGUAAUCUGGCUUGUGGAGAAAAAAAUACAAUUUCACUGUGCCUAAAAUUUUGAAAGGCAUAUGCUGCUCCCCAAGAAUGUUAUGAUACAUUCUUUCCGCCUUCAACAUAUCUAACAUCUCAAAAGUUACCUUUUUGAAACUUGCACAUAAAAUUGGCUUGCUUAGUGUGUCAUUCUUUGGUUUGUUUUCUUUUAAUAUUGUUGUUCUGGGUAUGUUUUUCUCCAAUCCAGCAAUCAGCAUUUUGUCCGGAACCUAUUUUUGUACAGAGUUUACUGUGUAGUCACUAGCAUCCUGAUUCUUGAGUGUGUAUGAAUACAUUAGCAUAUAGAUAGAAGAGAGAAAGAAACUUAGCAUUGGGAAAUUGGAUUCUAAUUUGUUGUUUGGAGUGUGCAUGGGUUAUGUAAUAAAUAUUUUUCCCUUAUGGUUCUGAUGUACUGAAACAUAACUAUAAGUGACUGGAAAGGCAUUUUGGUUUUGAUGUGCA